GUGGUGUGUGGAGAUACGUACAGCCUGAAUAUGUCGGCUGGGUAAAGUACGUUAACUGUUAUGGAACGAUUUCCUUUGGUUAAGUUAUUUGCCGUCGGAUAAUCACGAAAAUCGUUGCGAAUCGAAGCGCGAGAGGUAUGAACACGGCGAAGACGAUCGAUUGAGAAAAUCUAACUCGCCAUAUUGUAAAGGAAAAGAUUUGGUAAAGCGAAGAAGGCCUUAUGUCAAGUCGGUUCAGUGUUGUUCGAUAUCGGGAAGGCCGACAACGUGUGCCAAUAUGAAGAAGCUGUUUUCAAAGAUCGAAAACACGUCCAAGGAGCCGAACAGUUACAUCGGAAAGGUUUUCGUGGUGGGACGACAUACUGUCACCGUCGAAGAAGUUCUCGCUGAAGGAGGAUUUGCCAUUGUAUUCUUGGUGAAAUCUUCGAGCGGACGGUACGCACUUAAACGCAUGUACGUUAAUAACGAGCACGACCUCAAUGUUUGUAAAAGGGAAAUACAAAUUGCAAAUAAUUUAAACGGUCAUAAGAAUAUUAUUGGAUAUGUGGACAGUAGUAUAACUCACAUAGGUGGAGGAGUCCACGAGCUCCUGCUUCUGAUGCCUUAUUGCAGAUCUCAAGUUUUACAGAUGAUGAAUAACAGGUUACAGACUGGUUUUACUGAGUCCGAAGUUCUUCAAAUAUUUUGUGAUGUUUGCGAGGCUGUGUCGCGGCUGCAUCACUGUCAGACGCCGAUAAUUCACAGGGAUCUAAAGGUCGAGAAUAUAUUGUAUUCCGAUGCCGGCCACUACGUGCUGUGCGACUUCGGUUCGGCGACGGCAAAGAUUCUUAAUCCGAGUGUCCAAGGCGCGGCGAUCGUCGAAGAAGAAAUUAAGAAAUAUACGACUCUCAGCUACAGAGCACCCGAAAUGGUCGAUAUGUAUUGCGGAAAAGCUAUCACGACGAAGGCGGAUAUAUGGGCACUCGGAUGUUUGUUGUAUAAACUUUGCUUCUUCUCGUUGCCAUUUGGGGAGAGUACGCUCGCCAUUCAGUCGGGGAAUUUUACGAUACCGGAUAACUCGAGGUACAGUAGAAACCUUCACUGUCUGAUUCGUUAUAUGCUCGAACCGGAUCCCGAUAAUCGGCCUGACAUUUAUCAAGUCUCCGCGGUUGCAUUCCAAAUACAAAACAAAGAGUGUCCUGUCCAAAAUCUACACAAAGUUCCAACGCCCGUCUUAGACUCGUUACCUUGUCCGCUGAUGGAAUCCGAAAACGUGAAAAGAGCAUCCUCGGUGAAGACGCCGAAACCGUCUCCCGUAACCAUCGUCGAAGGUACAUCGGUCGCACCGAGGCAACGGCCGAAGGGACAAGCCGUGAGUACGGGUCCGAUAAGUUUAAGCGGUCAGAUAGUAUCCCAAAUAUCUGGAAGCCAAGGGACUCAGGCACAGUCGCAAGCUUCGGUAGCAGCAGUUGGGACUACGACCAUCGCUUACGGUCAACAACUUGGUCCGUUGAACGCACCUCAAGUUUUUCUCACUCCGAACACAAUGCAGGCGAGCGUUCAGUCUUCGGUGCAAACAUCUUCUACUCAUCAAGCGCCGACGCAGCAGCUGUCGUCACCGGCGCCGGCGCCUAUGACAACGACAGCGCCUUGUACAAUCUCGUCGACGUCGUCAUCGUCCUCGUCCUCGUCGUCGUCUUCGACAUCGUCGUCCUCAUCCACCUUCGGUCCGGUUUCGCCGCAAACCGCGUGUACGACAACCACUCAAAACGUUCCGUUCGUUCAUCCAUCGCAGGGCCAGCAACCGCAGAGUUAUGUUCAACCACAGGCUUCUACGAUUAGACAGUCUCCUACUGCUGCGACCGUUCCAGAUACGCCAAGUGCAUACUACUUCGCUCCUACUGCGUCCCCGAACGUGUCACUCUCGACCAACGUCAAUGAAGAGAAUUUGGAAGCACUGUUUCCACCAUCCGGUUAUCCGGAUCCAUUCAAAGACGAUAACCGAAGUAUACCACCUCCGCCAACGAAAAUACCACCUCCAGUAGCUGCUAAACCCACGAAAAUUCUUCCCAAAGUAUCGAACAUAGUUUCUGUCAGUGGUCCAGGUUCCAAAUUCACUCCUGUCCUACCGUCUUCUUCGGCGUUAACGACGUCGAAGAUCAACGCUUCGACCGGGCCUAACAAAACUACAGCUGCAGCUACUACGAUCCUAACAGCGACCACGCCGAUUUUACCGAAGCCGGUCAACAAGACUGAGAGUUUGAGUCAAAAUAUCAGUUCGAGCACGUCUCCGCCUGAUAGUCCGACGUUUUCUUCCGCGCGUCACAGAAGAAAUGUCAGCGACACGAGUGCGUUCAACAAGGUAUUCGCAAGCGAAACGACGCAGUUCCUUGCGCCGUACGAAGCUUCGGUGAAAUCGCGUUCAGAAGACCCCACCACCCCGGAAGCUGUGAUCGACGUAAAACCGUGUCUAGGAUCUAGCACUUCGCAUGUACGUAUUGGUGAACUUUCGAAUAUAACUGCUACCGAAGGACGAUCGCUGAGCGCGGACGUGGCGGCCUGGAAUCCGUUCGAAGAUGUCCAACCUUUUAAUCAGUUGACGGAGGAUCAUAUAUUUGGUGCCGAAUUCGAUAAAAUCAGAAGAGGUAGCAACGCGAGUACCGGCGGUGGCGUGAAGAGUCGUGACAGCCUCGUAGCGACGUACAGAGAAUUACCAGAAGAUCCAUUCAAAUCGGCACCUUUUAGUUUGCCAACAGGAAAGAAGAACAAGAUCGGGUCGAAAACUGCGGCGCUUGCUGGAGGCAAGACCGCGAACGGUAGGCCGAGAAUACCUCCGGCGAAACAGUGGAACCCGGGAAUAAUGGAGCGCAAUUUCGAACUGGACGAGGAAACGAUCUGUUUAACGGAAAACGAUAUCGUAUCGCCCUUGACGUUCGUCUCGGUCCCCAUGGAGGAUCGAUCCAAGUAUGAAAAGUUGGCGUUUAGCGCCGCCGACGUGUCCAGCGACAGCGACAAAGAUUCACCGGAACAGCGGAUCAAAUCGAUCAAGCAGAGGAGAAGAGCGAAGAACGUGCUGUCGCGUAGACAGAGGAGAAUGCCGGAUGCGAAAAAUAUGUAUCACGAACCGAACGAUUCUACGUGUCUGGUCGGAGGUCGAAGAUCUAGUCAGUUGGUUUGCAACAGUAUCGUUAAGCCGUCGAGUAUCAGUUUGGAAAAUGGAAAUGGCAAUGGCACAGAAGAGGAAAGUAAUAAGGAGGAUGAUAACGAGGACGAUGAUGAGGACAUCGACGACGACGUGGACGAGAACGUCGACGAUGUGAACGAAGAAGACGAGAAGUCGAGAAAGUAUUACAGGGUGCAGUGUUCGUCGACGACGUUGAAUGGGGAUCCGGUCGUCGGGCAUCAAUACGGGGCGAAACCCCUCUUGCUAGACGACGAACUGGACCCGGAAACGAAACUGGAACAACCGUGCGGUGAUCCGUUUGUCGUUGAACGUACGUACGACUCGAACUUCCAACUCCUUGAUUCUAUCGGUUUGUGCGAGCUGAAACUAAAACUGUCGGUCGAGGGAUCGUCCCAGGAAGAUCUCGCGGGUGACGUCUUUGCGUUAGCUCCGUUCACCAAGCCCACCGCUGGUAAUUUUAGAGAAAGGAAGAACAACUAUCGUCAAGCUUCGAAACUCGUACGAGUGUCGGACGUAACGACGAGUAAUAAUAAAUCGUGUUGGAAAUAUGGUGCGGAUUACGUAGACGUUCGUUUCGUUCACGCGGGAGUACAACGAUUAACCGACGCUAAGAAGAUUGUAAACGUUCGCGAGGAAUCCGAAAGGAAAGAUGUGAGUGUAAGUGAAAAUAAAAAGGGAGGAGCAAAAGCGGAAAAGGAGGCGAAGAACCACGAAGAUAAAAGAUUGGAGGUAUUAGAGACGAAAUCGAAAGAGGAUCCAAGGAUAGCGAGGAGAGAGCAAGAGGAGAAGAGAAAGACUGUUCGUCCGCUCGAAGGUGAGACCAAAGAAACAGAUUUGUUCGGUUCGUCACCGUUCAGUCCCAGCAGUUUUGCAGCGAAUUUAUUCGAUCGCAACGGUGCGAGACAGCAUAGUAUCGAGGAAGUUAAUCCGAAACGAUCGAUCAUAAUGACGACGACAGUAACACCGACGCCGACGCCGACGAUACCAACGAAGCGAGUUUCCGUCUGUUCCAUCGAAGAAACCCAGCCUCUAUCAAUGCCGGUCUCGAACGAUUCGAGAGGAAAUUUCGUAUCCGAAGUAGCGUCCGAAGACCUUUUUGGUUCUAUACCGUUCGACGAGUUCGCGUCUUUGCAAUUGAACGAACGAAAAGAGAGGCUCGAAACGGGUCACGGCGGUGUUCGAGGAACUAUGUUACAGGAAGUGUAUUCGAAUGAACCCGUUCAACGCAUCGAUCGAAUUAUCGACGAGCGCCAACAGAUCGUCGACAGCGUCGCGAAACCAGUAGAAAUCAUUUUACCUCAUCAAAUCCUACUGCCAAUCAAGAAACCGAGCUCGAUAACUGUGGUCGACGAGCACGACACGCCGAGGCAUAAGAAAGAAAAAUUAAAUAAAUUGGAGAAGUCCAAGUAUCAAUUGAUCGACGAGAACCACAGCGAUACCGGCGACGCGCUGUCGUCCUCCUCCAAAUUGAAUCACAAAGGCAAAUCGACGACGAUGUGUUACGGUAAGAAAAUUCCGCGGGCGAAGAAGUGUUCGGUCGCAGUAAAUGCUGCCGGCUUUAGUAAUAUGAGUUUCGAAGAUUUCCCGAGCGACGAGAACGAGGACAGGCAAAUGAACAAUACGAAAGUCACGCCGUUCGAAGUGAUCAGGGAGCCCAUCGAGAAACGGUUCGGAUCGUUGAAGAGGAGAAGCAAUCCUUUCACUUGAAACGAUGAUGCUAUCUAUUUUUAAUGGACAUCGGGUAUAAAGUAUGACAAGAGAAGAAUCACGGUCGCGUUACAAGCAAUUAUGAUACGCGAUGUUUCACUUAAUCGGAAAACUAAGUUCCACGCUUACUCCCUUCGAUUCGCUCCUCUUCGCACCUCGGUCGGUCGAUCGAUUUCUUUCCAAUGAGCACGCAUUCUCUCACGUUUAGUCUCGAUUCCCUCCCGUCCUAAACUUAUUCUUCGUAACUACAUGUACAGCAUACAUAUGUACAUACAUAUAAUUAGAUACUUAUUGUCUAGAUAAGUGUACCAAACGCGAAAUAUUCUUUGUAUCAUGGUUCCUACAUAAUACGCGAUAUACGUUACAUAUGUGAUGCAAAACGCGACCGAUUAAUAACGAAGAGACAAUGACGCAAGCGAAACGAUGAAAUGAAACGAGGAAGAAAAAGAAAGGAGGGAGAAAACGAACGUGCAAUUUAGCCAUCCCCGACGCAGUGUAUCAUACUUAUUAUACUUACAAAAAUACAAAUUGUCAGUAUAGAACACAUAUGUAUAACUUUUUCCUCUACGAGUAACAAGAGAAUCAUAAAACUUGAGAUCGGCGCGAGUAUCGAAUGAAUAAAAUAUUUUAGCGAGGAGUCUGUUCCGUAGAGUAAAUUGCGAUAAAUAUAAAUACCAUGCGCUUUAUAUAAUUUAAAAUGGAAUACAUUAAAUGGUGCUGGUGCUAGUAUUACAUAUUACACUAAAUUAAUCAUCGUUACUCAUGCGUGUCGAUGUACUCGCACGCACGAAUACACGCUUUAAUUUCAAUUUUAAUUAUAUUUUAUAUUGUAUGUAGUAUAAAAAUCUGCUUGACUGAA